AUGAAGGUAGAUGAGCUCAUAAUAGAUGGGUUCAAGUCCUAUGCGUCCCGUACGGUUAUUUCUGGCUGGGAUGCGCAAUUUAACGCCAUCACUGGGUUGAAUGGGUCUGGAAAGUCCAAUAUUUUGGAUGCCAUUUGUUUUGUUUUGGGGAUUGCAUCCAUGUCCACCGUGAGAGCUUCCAACUUACAAGAUUUAAUCUAUAAGAGAGGGCAAGCCGGGGUUACAAAGGCCAGUGUGACUAUUGUUUUUGAUAAUAGUGAAGUUUCCAAGUCACCUAUUGGGUUUGAAACCUGUGCUACCAUCAGUGUAACUCGACAGAUUAUUUUGGGUGGUAGCUCAAAGUAUUUGAUUAAUGGACAUAAAGCUCAACAGCAGACAGUGUUGAAUUUAUUCCAAUCAGUUCAAUUGAAUAUCAAUAAUCCUAAUUUCUUGAUCAUGCAAGGGAAGAUUACCAAAGUGUUGAAUAUGAAACCCCAGGAAAUUCUUUCCUUGAUUGAAGAAGCUGCAGGUACGAGAACUUUUGAAGAAAGAAAAGACAAAGCUCAAAAAACUAUGGCUAAAAAGGAAGCCAAAUUAGUUGAAAUACGAACUUUGUUAAAAGAAGAAAUUGAUCCAAAGUUGGAAAAAUUAAGAAAUGAAAAGAGAAACUUUCUUGAAUUUCAACAGACUCAAAUUGAUUUAGAGAAACUCUCUCGUGCCGUUGCAGCUUAUGAUUAUACUAACUUGUCACAAAAUUUCACUAAUCAUUCUAACUUCUUGAGUCAACAUGAAACUAAAAUGAAUGAUCUCCGUCUUGAAAUAGACAAAUUGAAUAAUGAAAUUGAAAACUUGAAUGAUGAUUUGAAUCAAGUCAAAACUAAGAAACAAGCAGAGCUUCAAAAUGAUAGUAAAUUGAAAGAAUUGGAACAUGCUGAAAACGAACUUUCUAAUGAGAUUGCAAGAUUGAAUACGACCAAGGAUAUCACUAUGGAAAAUCUUAAAGAAGAACAGAAAAAGAGGACCAAAUUGGAAAAUCAGUUGCGUGAAUUGGAUGUGAAUUUGAAAAACAAUGAAGAUAUCUAUAGAAAUCAUGAGCAUGAAUACAACAUAUCUAAUCAGGAAUUGAACCAAUUGAAAGAAGAACUUAAUAAGAAGGAAGAAUUGUUAUCGAGCUUGUCAACUGGUAUGUCUUCCAAAGGUAAUGUCAGUACUGGAUAUUCUUCUCAGUUGAAUGAAGCCAAAGAGAACUUGAACACUUCGGAAACCUUCAUCAAGACGUCUAAAUUGAAAAUUUCCCAUCUUAACAAUCAGAUAAAUAGUGAUAAAGUCAAGCUCGAUAAGGCACGUCAAGAAAAUAUGGCCUUACUUUCAGAUAUCGAGAAAUAUCGAUCUAUUAUCACGGAUAAACAGAGUGAACUUGAUAAUAAAUUGGGAUUUGAUCCAGCUAGAAUUUCACAAUUAAGAAACCAAGAAGCUGAUUUGGUGGAUCAGCAAAAUAAGUUAAAUAGUGAGUUGAAUUAUAUCCGACGCGAAAUUGGUAAUCUUGACUUUCAAUAUAGCAGGCCCUCGGCCGAUUUUAAUGAUAAUCUAGUUCGAGGUAUUGUUGCACGAUUAUUCAAUUUACUGGAAGGCUCAGAUGAUAAAGCUGUUGCAUUACAAGUUUGUGCUGGUGGAAGAUUAUAUAAUGUUGUCGUGGAUACCAGUGAUGUUGCAUCUCAACUUUUAGAGCGCGGGCAAUUGAAGAGAAGAAUUACGAUCAUUCCCUUGGAUAAGAUAACCACUAGGACAAUCAACAAUGAUGUUAUUCAAUAUGCAAAACAAGUUGCUCCUGGGAAAGUUGAGCUUGCUAUGAAUCUAAUUGAUUUUGAGAAUGAUUUACGCAAGGCAAUGGAGUAUGUGUUUGGAACUACUUUUAUUUGUAAUGAUCCCCACACGGCCAAGACUAUCACUUUUGAUCCUAAGAUUCGAUCUCGCUCGAUUACUUUGGAUGGUGAUACCUAUGAUCCAGAGGGUAACAUCUCGGGUGGGUCCCGUAAGAACAAUUCUUCGGUUUUGUUAAGAUUACAACAGUAUAAUAAGAUUGCUUCAAAAUUAAAAGGAGUUGAAAUGGAAUUGCAAAACACUAGAAAGGAAUUGUCGCAUAUGGAUUCAUUAUUGAGUUCAACCAAAGCAUUGCAAAAUGAAAUAAACCUUAAAAAGCAUGAAUUGUCAUUAUUGGAGAGAAAAUUAGAAAGUAACCCAUCCUCGUUGAUCUUGAAGCAAAAUCAAGCCAAUGAAGCUGAAAUUAGUAAAUUAACUGAAGAAAUUGAAGUUCAUUUGGAAAAGUGUGAGCAAUACAAACAUGAAAUUUCUAGAAUUGAGAAAGAUAUCAAGGAGUUUAACAGCGAUAAAGGAUCCAAGAUUAAUGACUUGAAAAAGGAAACCACUGGAUUGAAGAAGAAGGUUGCUAAAAAGGAACAAGAAUUGGAUGAACUAACUGAAAAGUACCAGGCCAUUCAAGUUGAAAGUGAACAACAAAAGGCAGAAGUGGCAAAUAUUAAUGAAUCGCUUGCGUCAUGUGAUCAAUUGACUGAGGAGUUGACUACCAAGAGUCUUCUGCAACAAGAAGAUUAUGAAAAGUUGGCCGAUAGAUUGGCAUUGAUCAAAGUCGAAUUGGAAGAAGUAAGAGCGGGAUUGUUAGGUUUGGAUGACGAAAUUAAUGAAUUGACCAAAUUAUUGAAAACAAAGAAUGAUAGUGUGAAUCAUAGUAAAUUAGAAAUGCAAAAAUUAACCCAUGAGUUGGAAAAAUCAAAGAAUUUGACAACAGCUUUAAAGUCACGAUUAGAUGAAAUUAUAAAUGAGCAUGAAUGGGUUAUGGAUUCGCAUGUUUUGGAGAAUUUAAUUCAGCAAUAUCCAGGAUUGAAUGUUGAAGAAAGUAGAGAGCAAUUGAAUGUAUUGCAAGAAAAGUUUGCAAGUAUGAGAAGAAAGGUCAAUGUUAAUAUCAUGAAUAUGAUUGAUAAUGUUGAGAAGAAAGAAGCAUCUUUAAAGACUAUGGUUAAGACCAUCGAAAAGGACAAGAGUAAGAUUGAGCAUACCAUUAGUAAAUUAAAUGGUUAUAAGCGUGAGACAUUGAACACUACUUAUCAAAAAGUGUCAGCUGAUUUCGGACAAAUCUUUUCAGAUUUAUUACCUGGUUCGUUUGCUAAGUUAGUUCCUGUGAAUAUGAUGGAUGUGACUCAAGGUCUUGAAGUUAAGGUGAAAUUAGGAGCAGUGUGGAAGGAAAGUUUGGUUGAAUUGUCUGGUGGUCAAAGAUCAUUGAUUGCACUUUCGUUGAUCAUGGCAUUGUUACAAUUUAAACCUGCACCAAUGUAUAUUUUGGAUGAAGUUGAUGCUGCGUUGGAUCUUUCCCAUACUCAGAACAUUGGUCAUUUAAUCAAGACGAGAUUUAAAGGGUCGCAAUUCAUUGUUGUUUCUUUAAAGGAAGGAAUGUUUACUAAUGCUAAUCGUGUUUUCAGAACAAGAUUCCAAGAUGGUACUUCGGUUGUUUCCGUUAUGUAA